CACAGACAUGGUGCUCUUCAACGCGUAGUGUACAAUGAAUCAGUAGUCUUACAGUUAAUGUGCAGAUUUGACAGAAAAGUUAAUAACAUUUCGGAACAGUACUGUUUAUUUGGUGGAAAGCUUCACAAACAUCGAGUCUAUUGGCUAGGAUGGCAGAACCUGGCCCCAGCGACGCCCCACGCACCCCAACCCCAGGUGGGAGUGGAAGGGGUAUGCUGAUGGGGCGCAGGCUACCAGCAACCAUCUCCCCCGGUCGCCUGCCCUCCAUGCGCUCCAGGGACCUUACAUUGGGAGGGGUGAAGAAGAAAACCUUCACUCCCAACAUAAUAGGCAGAAAAGCAAAAGAUGAGCAGAAGGUUGAGGGUGGACAGGCCAGGGGCAGGAGGGACGCAGAACGAGGCGGCCGUGGUCAGAGGGACGGGCGAGGCAGGGGCCGGGGUCGUCCUGAGGUCAUCCAGUCCCACUCCAUCUUCGAGCAGGGUCCAGCGGACAUGAUGACUAAAAAGAGGGGUGGCUGGGAAGGACAGGCAGAAGCCCCUAUUGUGGGGCCGUCGCCCAUAAUCAACAUCAAAAAGGAGAAAAGAGAGACGGAGGAGGAGACCAAAGAGAUCUUGCGCUCGCUGGAACGAGACAAUUUUUUGGAUGACCCGUACCUGAAGAGUGAGGAGAGGAGCUGCCCGGUCCAGCUGCCCUUGGCCGUGUCAGGCUGGGGGUUCAAGGAGGAGUUUGGUGAACCUGUUGAAAAAGACAACAAGGUGGAGAAGUCUGAGGAGGACAGUGAGGCGAUGGAGGACACUGCUGAAGUUAAAGUGAAACAAGAACCGGAGGAGGUGUUGGAGGUGAAGGCGGAGUCCAUGUUCAAACGUCCUCAGAUGCCGGACCCUGAGGUCCUGCAGGACCUUCUGCAGAGCUGCACCCUGAGCAAAGACGAGAAGCUGUUCUUCAUGCAGCUUCCUGAUUCGUUACCAGGGCAGCCUCCCACCAAGGAGGCGAGGCCAGUGAAGACAGAGGUGCAGUCGGAGGACGGACAAUCCAUGCUGCUAAAAACGGAAUCUCCGGAGGAGCAAGCGGAGGAAAACACUUGCAGUCUGAGUGACUUGCAGGAGGGCCUGGUGGGGAAGAUGCUGGUGAGGAAAUCGGGUCGUGUGCAGCUCAUCUUGGGACAUGUCACGCUCGACGUGGCACUGGGGACGCCAUGCGCUUUUCUUCAGGAGCUUGUGUCGGUUGGAACGGGAGAUGGUCGGACGGGCGACAUGUCUGUCCUGGGCCACAUCAAACACAAAAUGGUCUGCUCACCUGACUUUGAAGCCCUACUGGAGAGCUGAGUGCCGUAGGCCACAGGGUGCUUGCAUGUGGGAUUCCACACAGCGACAGACCAUAAUAUCUGCGCCUGGCGGUGUCACAGCUGGACAUGACAACAGUUGGACAUGACCACCUAUCUCGUUGUUUCACAGAUGUCUAGUUUGGAUUUUGAACAAGGUAUAGGUAUGCUGUAAUGGAUGAGUUGAAAUGUGGAUUUUUGAGAAAAUACAGUUUGUAUAUUUAA